UUUUUUUUUUUUUGUUUUUUAUAAGGAUCCAAUCCUUGUGUAUGCAUGCCUUUCGUUGAUUAAGGCGUUGCUUUUGGUCGGAUUUGGUGGUUUUCUGUGAAUGCAGCUUGGUACGAUGACUUUUGUUGGUAUGGAAGGGGUAGAAGAGAGUUCCGGUCAUCCCGAGCCUCCUGACCCUGACGUUCUUGAAAUUGAUCCAACUAAUCGAUAUGUUCGGUAUAAAGAAGUCCUGGGUAAAGGAGCUUACAAAACUGUCUACAAGGCAUUUGAUGAAGGUGAUGGAAUUGAAGUAGCUUGGAACCAAGUUCGGAUUGAUGAUGUAUUACAGUCACCAGAAGACUUAGAAAGACUUUAUUCUGAAGUGCACCUCUUGAAGUCUCUAAAGCACAACAACAUAAUUAAAUUCUACAAUUCAUGGAUCGAUGAUUGUAAUAAGACUGUGAACAUCAUUACUGAACUGUUCACCUCGGGUAGCUUGAGACGGUAUCGUAAGAAACAUAAGAAGGUUGACAUGAAAGCCAUGAAGGGGUGGGCAAAGCAGAUCUUGAUGGGUUUGAGUUAUCUCCAUGGACACAAUCCACCAAUUAUACAUAGAGACCUGAAAUGUGAUAACAUCUUUAUUAAUGGUAACCAUGGCGAAGUUAAGAUUGGAGAUCUGGGUUUGGCAACUGUUAUGCAACAAGCCAAUGCAAGAAGUGUGAUUGGAACCCCUGAGUUUAUGGCACCAGAGCUCUAUGAAGAGGAUUACAAUGAGUUGGCUGAUAUAUACUCUUUCGGAAUGUGCAUGCUGGAGAUGGUAACAUUUGAAUACCCUUACAGUGAAUGUAAAAACUCCGCUCAAAUAUAUAAGAAAGUUUCAUCUGGAAUAAAACCUGCUUCCCUUGCCAAGGUGAAAGAUCUGCAAGUGAAAAUGUUUAUAGAGAAGUGUCUACUUCCUGCAUCUCAAAGGUUGCCAGCAAAGGAGCUCUUGAAGGACCCUUUUCUUCAAGUGGAUGGUUUUUCCAGGAAUAGUCCACUACCACUUCCUGAUAUUGUUACACCCAGAUUAGGGGCAUUUGGGGACCGCUGUGUGCUCUCAGAGUUACCUACUAGUACACAGAAAAUGCCUCUUCUCAUGGAGGUUGAUGCCACUGAUGAUGGUGAGCCACCUGCCGUUGCAUUCAUUGAGAAUUCUGUUGCUAGGGAUUCCCGCUUCCCGUGUUUGGAGGUUCAGAGGACAAACAGUGGCAAUGACUUCAAAUUGAAAGGGGAGAGGAGUGACGAGAACUCUGUCUCACUAAUCCUGCGGAUUGCUGAUCAGAGUGGACGUGUAAGGAAUAUUCAUUUCCUGUUUUAUCUCAACAGUGACACAGCCCUUUCAGUCUCUAGUGAAAUGGUUGAGCAACUAGAACUAGCUGAUCAGAAUGUUAUGUUUAUAGCUGAGUUGAUUGAUUUGUUAUUAAUAAACUUGGUACCCAAUUGGAAGCCUUGUGUUCCCAUUCAUCAGCUGCUUGCUCUGAAUGAGAUCCGAAGCCCAAAUGGUCAUAGAAAAUAUCAAUUACUUCAACAUGGAGAAAGUUCAGCUCAAUCAUUUCAAAAUGAUCUGGAAGCUGUCAACCAUUCAAGUCUUCUGGCUUGUCAAGAUUCUAGUUCUGUCAAAGGAUCCACUCAGCCAAUGAAUGAAGUUGUGGACCAUGGAAACCUCGAUGAAAUUAUGUCUUUUCCUGAUUUUGGUUUUCGGAAUACAUCCACUGUGGAUGAUCAAAGUUCUGGGGUUUCAUUAAUUUCUGCAGUCUCUACUGAAGGAAAUGGAAGGAAGUACCCCAUCACCAGGUGUAUGACUCCGGAGUCUGAGUGUAUGGAUUACAAUGAAUAUGAGAUGAAAAGAGAAGUUUUAGAAUCCUUAUCUGAAGUUGAAAUGGGUGUCUGCAUUGGUGACAAAGAUACUUGUAUCAACACAGGGAGUGUUAACUUGCCAACCUUUUCAAGUUAUCCAAACAAUUCUUCCACACUGGUUUUAGCUGACCAGGAUGUUGAUGAGGAGAUAAGAAUGGAAUUAGAAAUGAUUGAAUUGCAGUACCAGGAAGCAAUGAAGCAUAUCUCCAAGAAAAGACAUGAUGCUAUUAUGGAGGCUAAAAAGAGGUUGUCACAGAAGAAGAUAGCACCAUUUCAGUAGUUUGCUUCUUUAGUUUUCUGUUUUAUGGCUCUUCCUUGUAGAUGUAGAAAACCCAUUCAUUAAAGAGAAUUUUACUUGUGGCAAAUUUGUAUUUGUUUUUUUCUGGUACAAAUUCCCCACCUUGAGGAAAAUCGUAGCCUAUGAUUUAUUCUGGAGAGAAUAUACUGUCCAACCUUGUUCUGUGCCUUUAAUUAUUAAUGAUUUUUAAGCUAUGCUGACAGUGACUU